AUGAGGACUAGAAAAUCCAGAGGAGGUGCUUCUCCAAAGAAAACCUCCCCCAAAAAAACUACACAAGAGAAGUUGGCUGCUUUAAAGGAGACAUCUUCUCCAACAAAGAUAUCUUCUCCUAAGAAGAAAUCUUCUCCUAAGAAGACAUCUACGUCAUGUUCUCCAAAGAAAACAGUGUCAAAGAGAAUUGCCAAGAAGAAAAUUGGUACCACAGAAGAAAGUAAGUCUAAUGAAGAUAAAGUUUUAGACACCAAUAAUGCUGUUGAGAUGGAAGAUGUUGAGAAUGUGGAGGAUGUAGAUAAUGAUGGGGAUGUUUUUGAUGUUCUUGACAGCCAGGAUGAAGAAGAUGUUGAAGAUUUCAAAGACAAUCCAAUCAAAGAUUUGCAAGUGAAAAACAAACAAGAAGAUAAGGCUGAACCUGCUGAUGUUGAAGAUGUGGAAAAUAUAGAAGAUGUGGAAAAUAUAGAAGAUGUGGAAGAUGUAGAAGAUGUAGAAGAUGUAGAAGAUGUAGAAGAUGUGGAAGAAAUUGAAGAUGUGGCAGAUGUUGCAGAUGUAGAAGAUGUGGAAGAUGUAGAAGAUGUGGAAGAUGUUGCAGAUGUUGCAGAUGUUGAAGUGGUUAAAGAGGUUAAAGAGGUUAGAGAGGUUAAAGAGGUUAAAGUGGUUGAAGAGGUUGAAAAGGUUGAAGAGGUCGAAGAGGAGAUGUAG